UCGUUCGCCUCCUUCGGGCCGCGGGACACACACACACGCGCGCGCGGCCGCCAUGGCUUUCGCCACCCGCUCCUUCGUGCGCUUCGCCUCCACGGCGGCGGCCGCCAAGAAACUCGCGGUGAAGCAUGUGACGGUGAUCGGGGCCGGCCUGAUGGGCGCCGGGAUCGCCCAGAUUGCUGCAGCCACUGGCCACACAGUGAUACUAGUGGAUCAGACAGAAGAAAUACUAAACAACUCCAAGAAAGGAAUUGAAGAUAGUCUGAAAAGAUUGACAAAGAAAAAGUUUGCAGACAAACCAGAGGCUGGUGCGGAGUUCAUUGAAAAAACGUUAAAGAACUUGACCACAAGCACAGAUCCAGUCUCUGUAGUACACAGUACUGACCUUGUAGUGGAGGCAAUUGUGGAAAACUUAUCGGUGAAGAAUGAGCUCUUCAAGACACUGGAUAAGUUUGCACCAGAACAUACAAUAUUUGUCAGCAACACUUCAUCCUUGCCCAUAACAGACCUAGCCAAUGCUACCACCAGGCAGGACCGGUUCGGUGGCCUACAUUUCUUUAACCCCGUGCCUCUGAUGAAACUUGUAGAGGUUAUCAAGACACCAAUGACCAGUCAGAGGACUUUUGAGUCCCUCAUGGAUUUCAGUAAAGCCCUUGGGAAGAAUCCAGUAUCGUGCAAGGACACUCCAGGGUUUGUUGUCAACAGACUGCUUGUGCCUUACCUGAUGGAAGCAAUUCGACUUUUUGAGAGAGGAGAUGCAUCAAAGGAAGAUAUUGAUGUUGCCAUGAAGUUGGGGGCAGGCUAUCCCAUGGGCCCCUUUGAACUCCUGGACUAUGUCGGUUUGGAUACCACUAAAUAUAUUAUAGAUGGGUGGCAUGAAUCAUAUCCAGACAACCCCAUCUUUGCUCCAAGCCCACUGUUGAAUCAGCUGGUAGAAGAAAAGAAAUUGGGAAAGAAGACUGGAGAAGGAUUUUACAAAUACAAAUGAACUUUGUAAUGUAACCUGGUGGUUUUUUUUCCUGCCCAUGUAAGGGUAACUUGCAUGCCACUUGGCAUUUCCUUACUUGCUUAAUCAGGGCCUUUAUAUAUAUAUAAAGUCAAUUCUGUGCACCUUAAUUGUCAUGUCUUUGAACCAAUGGUAUACCCUAGCCAAUGAUCUGUUCCCUUGAUGUAUAAUUCUGAGACCUUAACACACUCAAGUGCCUUUCUUCUUGAGCUACUUUUUAUUCACACACACGGGAGUGGCUCAGAGACUAAGCAGAAGCUGAGCUUAUGGGUUUGUAACAAUCUGUUAAACUGGGAGAUAUUUUAUUGCAAAUAAAUUAGUCCCCAAAUCAGCUGGAAAUAGUAUUUACAUUGAUUUUGAUCCAGUAGAUGGCAGUAUGGCAAUAUCAUUCUGAAUUCAUAGCCUGCAUAGAAGCUGUUUUCAUGUCACUGCUAGAAUUUUUACCCAGUGUCUUGCCAACUUAUACACACUGCUGUAAGUAACUAGGCAUCUGCACUACGAGGCCUCAUAGUCUAUUGCCUUUAUGAGCUGGCUGGAUAGCUCAGUGAGAUAGGUAUCUGGCUGUGGAGACAGAGGCUGAGAGUUCAGUUCCCUGCUGUGAAACUCAGAAGAGCCAGCCUGUGUGGCCUUAGGCAGAUUGCACAGACCUAGAAUGUAACCCAGAAGAAGGGAAUGGAAAAGCACUUCUGAGUACUGCCUUAAAAGGGUUGCUGUAAGUCAGAAUUGGCUUGACAGCACACAAUUAUUAUUGUCUUUAUAUUCAACUUUUACUUUGCAAGCACUUUACCUGCAUUAUAUAAUAGAAAUGACACAGAUUUGGAACAGCAGCAUGAGGAAGGGAGAUACUCUCUCUUUCCACCCACCCUUUAAAAGAAUAUGCUGCUAAGGAAAAAGAUAUGAAAAGAAACUCUUUCAGUUCUAGUGUUUCUUAGUUUCCAUUAACUCCAAGGCCACCAUAAUACAUUGUGGUUACAUCUUCAGGAAAACUAUCUAUCAAGGGUCCCGCCCCCACUCCAAAGUAUCUAAGUUGGUCAAGCAUUUCCUUUAUUCUUAUUAACAUUCUCUUGCUGUAAUUGGAUUAAAAAAACCUAGAGAGAAGCUGGUAGAGUAAAACAAACAAACAAACAAAUCCCAGUGGUUUGUACUUGAUUAGAAUUUAUGGACUUCUCUUUUGUUUGUAUUAAAAGAUGAUUGAAUUAACAUGAAUAUCUUCAGCCAAACAAAAGCAGCCCAGGAACAACUACCUGUAUUUUAGUUGUUGUUGAUUUGGAACAAGCAGUGAAUGAGCUGAUUCUUAAAUAAGUUUUUGUAAAUGAGAUCUAAGAAAAUGUAUCAGGUUUUGUUCUUCCCCCAAAAUAAAAAACACUUGUAAUAUGUGAUUUUCA